AUGGUCAGAGAUUGCAGCUAUAAUACAGGAGAUGGUCAGCGACUGCAAACAUAAUACAGGAGAUGGUCAGAGACUGCAGACCUACUAUAGGAGAUGGUCAGAGACUGAAGACCUACUACAGGAGAUGGUCAGAGACUGCAGACUUACUAUAGGAGAUGGUCAGAGACUGCGGACCUACUACAGGAGACAAUUAGAGACUGUGGACAAGAAACAAGAGGCAGUCAGAGACUGCAGACAGGAUACAGGAGAUGGUCAGAGACUGCGGGCAUUCUACAGGAGACAAUCAGAAACUGCGGAC